AUCUCCUCGGCUGUUAACCUUGAUACGCAACUUGUUCUGGAUGCAUAUAACACUGAGUUGGAUAAGCUAGUCCUAAACGGUGGGUAUGGCAUACAGCUAGUGAAGAAGAUCUACAGCAAAGGUAUUACUCGUGGGCAUGCUGUACUGCUUUCGAAGGCUGUUGUCAUUAUAGGUAUAGCUGAGUGGAUAGCAGAAUCCAUGGAGAUGUCGUGUAGUGAUAUCUAUUCUGUGAUUGCUGGUGGUAGAGGACGAGAGGUGCCUAGAACGUAA